AAGGCAGAAACCCAUUCAAGGAUUCAAUGCGUCGCUUACAGAAGCCGAAACUACUCUUUGCGAUCGUCCUACUCAUCUCGGUCAGCCUCUAUUUAGCGUUGUUUUUCAACAUCAAAACAACCUACAGGGAACGCAUGCACGCCCUGGAGUUACUGUUGAAAGAGAGGCUGUUUGACAAUGCUACCACCGCUCCCGGUCAAAAUGCGGCAUCAUUCGUCGCGAGCACCGUUUCAACCUCCACAUCGCACUCUGCCAUGAACACGACGAAGGCGUAUGACCCGAUACAAGCUGCGCUGGCGACAGAGAGGGCCGCCGCCGAGCUGCUCCGCCAGCCCGUCGUCAACUUCCACGACUACGAGUAUCUGCGCAAUCCCGUCGGCGCGUGUGAGGUGAGCGAGACGGAGGUGCUGUUCGUCGUGCCGACGGCGCCGAGAAACUUCGAGAGGAGGAAACGAGUGAGAGCUGGGAUCUUAGGAAAGUACGUCAGCGCGCCGUCCAACAACGCGACGCUGCUGUUCUUUGCAGGAGCGCCGAACUGCACGGAGAGCACGCCAAAAAUACAAUCCCAUCUGGACGAUGAGUUCCGAACUUACGGCGAUCUGGUCCAAGAGAGUUUCGUGGACGUCUACACAAACAUCCGCCUGAAGGCCGUGUCCAUGCUGAGGUGGGCCGUGACGUACUGCAAGCACGCGAAGUACGUCAUUAGAACGGACGAUGACGUCAUGGUGAAUGUCUCCCGAAUCGUGUCAGCGUUGAAGAGAACCGGGACGGUGUACACGGAUUUCAUCCUCGGGAACAGGAAGGACGGCUGGACACCCGUUCGGAACACGAGCGAAGAUUACCUGAAGUACGCCGUCAGCGAGGAGGAGUACCCGAACUCCACUUAUCCACGCUUCGCACUGGGUGGACUGCUGGGUUAUCCACUGAGUACGGUCACGUUGUUGUACCAGGCGGCGCUCAGGACCAAACCGUUGUGGCUGGACGACGUCUACAUCACUGGGAUCUGUGCGUCGAGGCUCAAAGUGCCUGUUCUGAACGACACCGAAUUUGUUUUCCAGCACUGAUACGUUUCCGUUGUUUCAUCGGCAAAUGACUAUAUAAAGCUGUAUCAACAAAUGACUAAAUAAAGCUGUAUCGACAAAUGACUAAAUAAAGCUGUAUCAACAAAUGACUAAAUAAAGCUGUAUCAACAAAUGACUAAAUAAAGCUGUAUCAACAAAUGACUAAAUAAACCAGUAUUAACAAAUGAGUAAAUAAAGCUGUAUCAACAAAUAAUUAAAUAAAGUUGUAUCAGAAAAAGACUGAAUGAAGCUGUUUUAACAAAUGACUCAAUAAAUCUGCAUAAACAAAUGGCCAAACAAAGCUGUAUCAACAAAUGACUAAAUAAAGUUGUAUAAACAAAUGACUUAAUAAAGCAGUAUCAAUAAAUGACUAAAUAAGGCAGUAUCAACAAAUGACUCAAUAAGGCAGUAUAAACAAAUGAAUAAAAAAUAAAAUUGUAUUAAAAAAAAUGACUAAAUAAAGUUGUAUUAACAAAUGACUAAAUAAAGUUGUAUAAAAAAUCACUAAAUGAUGUUAUAUAAAAAAAUGACUAAAUGAAGCUUUGUCGACAAAUGACUAAAUACAGUUAAAUCAACAAAUGACUAAAUACAGUUUAAUCAAUAAAUGACUAAAUAAACUUUUACCAACAAUUGACUAAAUAAAGUUUUAUCAACAAAUGACUAAAUAAAGCUGUAUCAACAAAUAAAUAAAUAAAACUGUAUCAACAAAUGACUAAAUAAAGCUAUCUCAAAAAAUGACUAACUAAAGAUGUCUCAAC